AUGUAUUUUUUUUCCAUUUCAACCCCCAUCCCACCAGACGCCAUCCUCGGUCCCAGCGUCCUAGGUCUCGAACAGGCUAUUGAAUGGAUCAACCUCUCCACUUCUCCUACACCUGCCCAGUUAAUAAGCCGUUCGCAGGCUUCCAGCUCUACCAGCAGCAGUAUAACCCAACAGACUAUGUUGCUAGGGAGUACCUCCCCUACCUUAACCGCAAGCCAAGCUCAAAUGUACCUCCGAGCUCAAAUGCUGAUUUUCACCCCUGCUACCACUGUGGCUGCUGUACAGUCUGACAUUCCUGUUGUCUCGUCGUCGUCGUCGUCGUCACCUUCCUGUCAGUCUGGAGCUACUCAGGUUCAGAACUUAACAUUGCGCAGCCAGAAGCUGGGUGCAUUAUCUAGUUCUCAAAACGGCCCCCCGAAAAGCAGUAGCCAAGCUCAGUCGCUGACCAUAUGUCAUAAUAAAACAACCGUAACCAGUUCCAAAGCCAGCCAACGAGAUCCUUCUCCAGAAAGUAACAAGAAAGGAGAGAGCCCCAGCCUGGAAUCUCGAAGUACAGCGGUCACACGGACCUCAAGCAUCCAACAAUUAAUAGCACCAGCUUCGUAUUCUCCAAUUCAGCCCCAUUCUCUCCUAAAACAUCAGCAGAUCCCUCUGCAUUCGCCGCCGCCGCCGCCUCCAAAGGCUUCCCAUCACCAGCUGAUACUGCAGCAGCCGGUCCAGGCCGCGCCCCUCCCGCCCCCCAGCCCGGACCCCCCGGCGCCUCAGCACUGCCUCCCCGUCUCGAGCCACGGCCUCCCCAUCUCGAGCCCCGGCGGCGUCCCGCCCCAGCGCUGCUCCCCGAUCCAGAGCCUCCCGCUGUCCCCGACCCCCUCGCAGGCGGGGGCCCAACAGUCCGUGGUGGUGUCCCCGCCGCCCCCUCCGUCCCCCAGCCAGUCCCCGGCCAUCAUCAUCCACCCGCAGGCGCUCCUCCAGUCGCACCCGCUCCUCCCGGCGGGGCCGCCCGCCCCUCCCCAGGUCCAGCCGCCGGCCCACCUGGCCCUCCCGCCCUCCCCCGUGGUGCACGUGGGGUCGCUGGCCUCCCCAGGUCCACCGGCCCCCCAGCAGUACCCGGGCCUCCAGCACGCCGCGGCCGCCUCCCCGCCGGGCCCGCCGCCACCACCACCGUCCCUGCAGUCUAUGCAAGCUUUACAAGUGCAGCCCGAAAUCCUGUCCCAGGGCCCGGUCCUGGUGCCGAACGCCUUGGUGUCCGAAGAGGAGCUCCCGGCCGCGGAGGCCCUGGUCCAGCUCCCCUUCCAGACCCUCCCGCCCCCGCAGACCGUCGCCGUCAACCUCCAAGUCCAGCCGCCCGGCGAGCCGCCCAUGGUUUACCAAGUUGAGGAUGUGUGUGAAGAAGAAAUGCCGGAAGAGUCGGAUGAGUGUUCCCGGCUGGACCGAACUCCGCCACCCCCCACCCUGUCCCCGGCAGCUAUAAAUGUAGGAAGAGGAGAGGAUCUGGCUUCCGAGGAUCCUUUGCUAGACCAAGUGGAACUUCCCGCGGUGGCCUCGGUCAGCGCGUCGGUGAUCAAGUCUCCGUCCGAUCCUUCGCAUGCCUCCCUUCCGCCGCCUCCGCUCCUGCUGCCCGCCGCCGCGACGAGGAGCAGCGGCGCGUCCCUGCCCAACAGCAUUCCGGGCCUGGAAAACAGACCCCCGCAGGCGAUCGUCAAGCCGCAGAUCUUGACCCACGUUAUCGAGGGCUUUGUGAUUCAGGAGGGGCUGGAGCCGUUUCCUGUCAGUCGUUCGUCUUUGCUGGUAGAACAGCCGGUGAAAAAGAGGCCUCUCUUGGAAAGUCAGGUCAUGAGUACUAUGUGUGUCCAGCCAGAAAUCCAGAAUGAUGCGAAGCAUGCCGACAACUCAUCCGACACAGAAAUAGAAGACAUGAUCGCUGAAGAGGGACUAGAGGAAAUGGACAGUGAAUUGCUGAAGUGUGAAUUUUGUGGCAAGAUGGGAUAUGCUAAUGAGUUCCUACGGUCCAAACGAUUCUGCACCAUGUCCUGUGCCAAAAGGUUCAACGUCAGUUGUUCGAAGAAGUUCCCCCUCAGCCGUUGGAACCGGAAGCCCGAGAACCCAAACCUGGGCCACCGAGGCCGGCGGCCGAGCGGCCCGGACGGGGCGACGAGGGACCACUUCCUUAGGCAGCUUCCAAUUACUUAUCCAUCUGCAGAAGAAGACUUGACCCCUCAUGAAGACACAGUGCCGUCUGCCAUGACAACUCGCCUGCGCAGGCAAAGCGAGAGGGAAAGGGAACGGGAACUUCGGGAUCUGAGAAUCCGGAAAAUGCCCGAUAACGUGGAUCUGCUGCCUGCUGCGCAAACGGACCCGUCGGUUUGGACGGUUGAUGAGGUUUGGGCCUUCAUCCACAAUCUACCCGGUUGUCAAGACAUUGCGGAUGAGUUCCGAGCACAGGAAAUCGACGGACAAGCGCUGCUCUUAUUAAAGGAAGACCACCUUAUGAGCGCCAUGAACAUCAAGCUGGGACCCGCUCUGAAAAUCUGCGCGCGGAUCAACUCACUCAAAGAAUCGUAACAGGAAUGGGAGGCUUUAGACCGGAGCGAUCCUUUCCCCAGUUUGUAAAUAAAUAACUCUUAAACGCGUUACUGGUACAGCAGCGUGUACUGAGCAGAUGGAGUCUCCAUCUCUUCCGCAUCCAGUCCAGAGAAAAAUCAGCCUUCUAGCUCGUCCGUAAUUAGCCAGCGUUCACUUUUCAGGUUCAUAAAAUGGAAGUGGCCUCGAAGGAAUUGUUACACCGAGUGAUGAGGUGGAACAGAGUUAAGGGAAAAGAAAUGGAAGUCAAAUGGGUUGUGAUAGAUUGGGUCCUUUUUAAGAUCAUCUCAUUACUUACAUUUCUCUUCUCCCGAUGCCUCCACCACUGUUACCACCUUUCCCGAAUAAUGAAUGUUCAGAGAUUUCCCAUGGUAGAGAAUUUUUAGAUUGGGGAAUAGCAGGAGUGAAGAGCCAUAGGGUCUGUGGGACGUUGAAGAAGGAGAAAAUGCUGUUAUGCAUCUAGGUUGUUUUCUCUCUCAUUUUGGGGGGUAGUCGGAGGGGUGAACUUCUGCAGAGGAAGCAGUAGAAAGCAGCUACUUGACAAACUGCAGUGAAAAGGAUAAUUGGCCAGAAUGUCUGGAUAUGUUCGGCGCUUGUCCCGCUGCUUGCUUGGAAAAAGGCACUUGGUCCCGAUUUCUACAUUUGUUUAAAAAAAAAAAAGGGGGCGGGCGGGGAGAAUCAGAAUACCUGGCCCAUCUCACCUGCUAGGAAUAUUUGCGGAAUUACAAGCCAAGAGGCGGGAAAUGCUUUGAGUGUCUCCGAAGAAGAGCGCUACUGAAAUUCAGCGUUAAUGCUCUGCAGUCGGUUUCUGGUUGGUUUGGUUUUUUUUUUCCCCCUCUAAUUUUCUCAGCGGUAGAAAAUGGGUUGCCCACCUCAUAUUAUUCUGCUCUACAAAAUGGAAGAGUGACGCGCAAAUGGAAUCCCACCCAGAGUCCUACCCCACGGAGGCGUUACCGUCAGUAUUGGCCCGCCGCCGCACACCGCGGAGGACGUGACGCCAAUGUCCCCGGCGGACGGUGACCACCCACCGCCAGAAAGGAAACAGUUCGGUCAAGCCAGCGUUGUUGUUCUCUGGAUCGGCGUCCCAACUCGUCUGGCCAUUAAAAGCCAAGGAACGGGCACUGCUUUCUCCUUCAACAAAACUCGCACCAGCCCGCAAGAGCGUCUCCCGGGCGGUAUCGCGUUGAGGCCCGCUUUUUAUCCCAUGGUGUGCAUCGGCAGCGUAAAGUCUGAGAGACCCUGGUAAAAACUAGGGAUCGGAAACCGUGGAAAACCUGUCUAAGAUCACAGCGACGGCCCCAGAGGACGGAGAAGGGCCGAAGGAGAUUCACGCGACGCUCGGCCAGAGGUUUCUUUUGUCCAUUUUCCGCCUCUCCCGCCCGCAUGUUCAC